ACGACAGUCCACAGUCAUGUGAAUUAACUUCUCUUUUCGGACUUUUUUUGUUCUUUUGUCAAAGAUUGUAUUCUUCGGGAAACAAUAUGAAUGAUUGUCAACGGAAUACAAGUAGCAGCUGGAAGGCAUAUCCAACCACAGGCUCAGAAAUGCAAAUUAUAUCCAAUGGGCAGUGUCUGUUUACCUUAAGCACAGACCCUCAGAAAGAACAACAGUGUAUGCGUGAACYGUCAAAUAUGGAUUCAGAAGAUAGAGCCAUGUCAGUGGAAGUAGAUUUACAUCAGGAGAAGACAACAGACUAUGACGAUGGAWAUGAUCCAGGCAAAGACAAUGAGCCAAACCAAGACAAWAGACAAGUUGCUGAAUGUGUUAUAUGUAUAAAGUGCAAUGAAUGGUUUGAGUCUAUCAACCACUUAAAGGAUCACGAAAGAAUACAACACAAAGUUCAAAGACCAUAUAUGUGUACACAUUGUGGUGAAGAAUUUGGACAUAAUAUUAGUUUAAAGGUUCACCUAGAAACACAUAAAAAGGAUGAUGAAAAUAACAUAGAAACAGAAUACAAACAAGUGCAGCAAGGAAGGAAACYGCAUGAAUGUGCAUACUGUCGUAAAACAUUUGCACGCAAAAAYGAUUUAAAACUUCACCAAAAAGCACAUAAGUUCAUGGAAAAGAGAAAUAGRAAAGGUCCAAAACCUUUCAAUUGUGAAUAUUGUGGUAAAGGAUAUGCAUACAAGAGCAGUCUGAAAACUCACCAAAAAGAACAUGAAAAKGCAAAUGAGCAAAUCAGAAAAACAAAAGAAGUAGUACAGCACUGGGGAGAAAGGAAUUAUAAAUGUCAAYAUUGUGGUAAAGUAUUUGUACACAAGAACAGUUUAGAGGUUCAUCAAAAAAUACAUAAAAAGGCAGAUGAUGACAAAACACAAUCAGAAGGAGAAGUAAAAUCCUUUGAGUGUGCAAGGUGCACACAAACUUUUCAGCAAAAGGACCUAUUACURGACCACCAUCGUCAGGUGCACAUCAGGAAACAAUACACAUGUUCUAUCUGUAAUAAGUCAUUUAUGUUUCAUCAAACACUUAAAGAUCAUCUUCCAACGCACUCUUUACAGUGCACAGUAUGUAAAAGAUUAUUUAUGGAAAAGGGAGUUUUAAAAAGACAUUAUGAAGUUGUUCAUAAAGUAAUGGAUCCAUCUGAGGAUGGAGUAUUAAGUCAACAACAUGCCAACAACAACUUG